GUUCAGGGGGAGCUGGAUAAGGUGGCACCAAACGGUAACAGUCAAGUUCUUUGUGAAGCAUCUAACAAAGAAGCCUUUUUCACAAGAGUGGAGUCCUACUCUAUAUCCUUUCCACAUCCAAGCCACAACAUUACAUGUUAUACUGCCAAAGUUUUGUGUGAAUAACAUUUUGAGUAGUACUUUAGUUGUCCAGCACUCCUUUGCGUUGCCUUUUACACACUAAUAACAUUGUCUACAUUCCCCUUUUCACAUUUUACAUCAAGAUCAUAACUUUUCACAUUUAUUUAAUAAUGCUUAUUAUUUUAUGAUCAUUUCUAGUGUGCAACAUUCUGUGUAAAACGUUUCCUUAGCGGGAGCACUGUCUGAGAUGGGCAGGAAAGCCCCGGACUAUCUCCCCCCUGAAGUGCGCCAGCUAUGGCUGGAUCAAUGUGGGGUGUGACAUGUUGAAAUGUUCAAGUUGCCAGGCUUUCCUCUGUGCAUCACUCCAACCAACCCUGGACUUCCAGAAAUGUGAGCAGAGCAACUGUUUGACACGUCUGCCGAACUUUCAACCAUUAUAACAAAAGCCUUUUUGUUUUUUUUGUGUAAAAAAACACUUAGAAUGUUGUCAUUAAUUUAUCACUAAAUAUGCUAAUAAUUUUAGCGGUUUAAUCUAUGUUUGCCCCUACUUCUUUCCGCUUCAUAGAUGAAUCCCGGAUAGCAGAGAUAACUAGACAACUACAGACACAGCAUGAGAAGUUUUGUCCAUGGCCAGACUUUCCAUGCCCGGGUAAUGCACAACUUUUUACACUCAUAUUUGGGAAUUCAUCCUCUUGUUGAAUGGAGGUGGGUACAUUUGGCUGCGUUCAUUGGGCAACAAAAGGAAGAGAUUGUAUUGAUGUACUGAAACAGGGAGGGACUACCUGGACUUGUCCAAUAAGAAACAGUAAUUUUUAUUUCUGUUGUGUGCCUUACUGAACAUGACCGGGAUGUUGUAUUGUCGUUUUAGACCGGUUCUGGCUGGUCCCGGCAAACGAGCCAUCAGUGCUGCUCAGUGCCUUCCUGGAGCGCUUUCACACCACCUGUCUCCUGGAGCAGCAGCUACCUGCCAUGAAGCCAGAACUGCUUAAAACCAUGGUGAGGGAGGGGAGCCAUGUUCCUACACAACAGUGAAUCACAUAUAGAAAGAUGGGCUCCGUCCAGAUACCAGCCCCUUCCUCUAGCCCCUUCCCCUAGUGGACUAAAGGAGGUCUAUCUAUGAACCCUUAGUUCGAGAUUGCAGUUUAGCUUUUUCCCACAUGGCUUCUUGCACUAUGAUCCAUUAUCCUUUGCACAAAGAGAAUCCCUCCCAUCUCACCACUUUGUUUCCCUGCAGUCUUUGACUGAGGAUGUGAUCAGCGUUCUACUGCAGUUGAUUGAGGAUGAACAGAAGAAGCAGGGCAGGUCCCCUCUGAAGUCCACCUCUGAGGCUCUGGCUGUCCAGGUGGCUGCCUGCAUCGUGGCCCUCUGUGGCUGGGCUGGAAGGUUAGAUAUGAGAACAAGUCUCUCAAUCUCAUUUUUAUUGACACAAAAUGUGGAGGCGAAACAUUGUAACAUUCAAAAAAUACCAAGUCACUCUUACCAGAUUGUGGCACUUAAAAGCCUUUAUUGAAUUGGCAUCUCCAUGUAGGAAAAUUAAAAGGUCUGGCAGUAGCCGAUUUGCUUGCCUUAUCUUUUAAUUUUUGUAUUAUAGCCUGGGAAAGCAAAAAGCACCUUACCAUAUUAACUCAACUAUUUUAACCCCCUCUGUAUUCAUGUUCUAUUAAUAGGUUUGUUUCCAUGUUCUCCUCUUGCUGUUUUUGCAGCCCAGCUCUGCACGCCAUGAGCCUACCCCUCCUCACCUGCUCGUUCUGCAUGCGCAAAGUGGGCCUGUGGAACUUCCACCAGAUGGAGGGAACAGGAAAAGAUGGAGAGGGAGACGCCCCAAAGUCCCCCACCACCCCAACAUCAUCUACACCCCUGCCUGCACCCGAGGCCCAGGGGGACAGGAAGACCCCCACCUCCCCUUCUCCUACUCCCUACCGCAGGGGGCUGCGGAGCCAGGACAAGACCAGAGGCUCAGAGCAGGUAGGUCUCAGGCAAGGCAGGCCACUUGAACUGGACGGAUAGGUUAAGGUGGAACUUGGAUGAGUCGGAAGCUCUAGCAAACCUGUUUCUCCAAUUUCUCUGUUCUUUGUAGCUUUUAGAAUGUUCUAACAUGGACUCUCAUACCUCUAAUCGUGGAUCUGUUUGUUAAAGUUGGUCUCUGUUGAUUGUGUCUUUGCAGCCUGUGGGGAGUCCGUCCCCCAUGGUGGUCCGCACCCGCAGCAGGGACUCUACCAGCCCCAGCGAGGAGCAGCCCGGCCCUCUGCCCAGGGGGAAGAGGCCCAUGACUGGAGGCCGAGUCCAGGGGGAGGGGACAGGGAGUGAGGGGACUGCUUCGGGGGGCUCUAGCCCCCAACGCAACCCCAAACGCAUGUGCCUCUCAUCAGCCAGUAGCCCUGUAAGCCUUUACAGGUUUUCACACCAGGUUUGUCUGGAUUGUCCAGACCUGGGAUGUGUGUACAUACUCUAUAGCAGAUAUAAUACAGACAAAUCUACAAUCUGUUUUAACACCACCCUUUCCUAUAAAUGUCUGCCUUGAUCAAAUUGAUCUUGGUCACUGGGUGCAUGGGGGAGGGGAAUGCACUUCAAGGUGAAGUUAAACUGCUAAGCUGACCCAAGAGCAGCAUCUAACUUCACCCUACUCCGGUGCAUGCCACAACAUAUGCUACAAUCACCUGUUGACGUUCUCCAUUCUGUUGUUUCAGGAGGGCCCCCUGAAUAGGACUUUGUUUGACCCACUAGCCCAGCACAGAGACUGGUGCCCCUGGGUGAAUGUAGGCAAGGAGAACACCCAGCCCACUGGUGGUAUACCCCUGCUGGGCCAAGAGGGAGGGCAUCAGCAGGGUUGGAAGGCUGCACUCACUCUCCUCCUCCCCAUGAAGAAGUGCUUCAGCCCAAACAAGGCAGCCAGUCCCCUACAGGUGAGAAUCAAAACUUGGAUGUGGUAAAAUGGUGGUCCUGUGGCUCACUUGGUUGAGCAUGGCUCUAACAAUUCCAGCAUUGUAGGUUUGAUUCCUGUUGGGGCCACCCAAAGGAAAAUGUAUGCGCUCAAUGAUGUAAGUCACUCUGGAUAAAAGCGUCUGUGAAAACGGCAUAUACUAUAAUGACAAUAUGAAGGGUUGACAUAGCUAUGUUCUACAAUGGAGCAAUGUGUAUAUUGCGUUGUUACAGUUUCAGCAUUUGGUCAUGCCGCUGCUGUAUGAGCAACCUGCCAUUUCUACCACUUCUAUUCUCUCUUUCCUCCAGGGUCCACAUGACAAGUCUAAAAGGGUGUUUGCUAUAUUCCGUCAGUGGCAGGUAUCUUCCCCAUCUCAGUAAGGUCUUCCUCUCUCCACCUCAGAGACAGGAUCAUCGUGACAUUCUCUAUUGAUAUUCUUUCCUGUGGUAUGCCGUACUGUACUAGUUACACUGACAGUGGUUUCAUAUCAGUGUAUUUCUCCCAUCCGUUAAGUCUGGUUUACAAUCAUGGGGGGUUGGAACGGAGUGGGGUUGGUAUGAAUUGAAGUACCGAUGAGGAUGGUUUUGCCAAUGAACUUUGGAAUGUUGCCUGGCCGCGUGGUUCGAAAGCGAUGAGUUCUUCACAGACAUUGCCCACCCAGGAAAUUAUGUUCUGAAUGCAGUCUUUUAAAAGUGAGUUGACUUUACACUAAACUUAGAACCACAGAAUGCAACGGCACACGGACACUGGCUGAUCUGACUAGCACCUUGCCUCAUUUGUUUUACCUCCCAUGAAGGCCGCAUGGGGAUCCUGUGCACUCGUCCUGUCAUGUCUAUGGAAUAUAUGAGGGACAAGGAAUCUGAAAUCUACUCUGUGAGAAAGAGCCAACUGGCUUACACUGGGGGGGGGAAAAGUGAAGUGUAUUAUCUUCGAAGGGUAUACUCCGUCGUGGAGAAGUGUAAACAUGUACUAAAUGUUUUACCCUAAAAGCUGUGAGGAAGUCAUUUUUUCUGUGCUGUGUUUUUCAGAGUACAAAGACGUAGAUAUAGGAUUACGAAACCUUACACAUACUAAAUUGUGUUGCAAAGCAAUUUUGUUACACAAAUAUUUUUUGAAACUCUGAAAAAGCUUUUUUGUUUUGCUUGUUUGCAAGUCUGAAGUGCUAAAGGGAGGGACCGGGGGAAAUCUUUUAAUAGUAGAUGUUAAACCAGGUAGAACAAAUGAUGUGCCAUAGAAAUCAGAGAAUGUUUGGGGAUAACAUUGAUUUAGUCUUUCAUUCUAUUUAGCCAAUGCAGUCCCUUCUACUGUGCAUGCUCUUUAACUCUCCCAAGAGGAUUUAAUAAAAUGUUAUUCUUUCUGCACAUGUUUA